AAGAUUCUAACUUUAUAAAUAGUUUAAAUGGAAUCUUUUGAAAAUUCGACGGCCUCGAUCAAAUCUCUAUAAGAUCCACGACAUUCAGUAGCAUUCCUUUCAGUUUUCACCUCUGCCACGACUCUCUUCAGCGGUCAGAGAUAGAGGAGUCGCCGAGGGGAAUCAGCAGCCGCCGUCACGAUGUGUGGUAUACUCGCCGUUCUCGGUUGCAUUGACAACUCUCAGGCCAAGCGCUCGCGAAUCAUUGAAUUGUCUCGAAGGUUGCGCCAUAGAGGUCCUGAUUGGAGUGGCUUGCAUUGUCACCAGGAUUGUUAUCUUGCUCAUCAAAGAUUAGCUAUUGUAGACCCUACUUCUGGAGAUCAGCCUCUUUACAAUGAAGACAAGACAGUUGUUGUCACGGUUAACGGGGAGAUAUACAACCAUAAACAAUUGCGAGAAAAGUUGACGUCGCAUCAGUUUCGAACUGGAAGUGAUUGUGAAGUGAUUGCCCAUCUUUAUGAAGAAUAUGGAGAAGAUUUUGUGGAAAUGUUGGAUGGAAUGUUCUCCUUUGUCCUUCUUGACACCCGUGAUAAAAGUUUCAUUGCAGCUCGGGAUGCUAUUGGUAUCACACCACUUUACAUUGGCUGGGGUCUUGAUGGAUCAAUCUGGUUUGCUUCAGAAAUGAAAGCUCUAAGUGAUGAUUGUGAGCGAUUCAUGUCUUUCCUUCCCGGGCAUUACUAUUCAAGCAAACGUGGAGAGCUCAGAAGGUGGUAUAACCCACCAUGGUACUCAGAGCACAUACCUUCAACUCCAUAUGAUCCACUUGUUUUACGUGAGGCCUUUGAAAAGGCUGUAAUUAAGAGGCUUAUGACUGAUGUACCAUUUGGUGUACUUUUGUCUGGAGGGCUGGACUCAUCACUUGUUGCUUCUGUGGCUUCUCGUUAUAUGCUUCAAUCAGAGGCUGCUUGCCAAUGGGGUUCACAGUUGCACACCUUCUGCAUUGGUCUCAAGGGCUCCCCAGAUUUGAAAGCUGCCAGGGAGGUUGCAAAUUAUCUUGGAACUCGUCACCAUGAGUUUCACUUCACUGUUCAGGAAGGCUUAGAUGCACUUGAGGAAGUCAUCUACCAUAUUGAAACAUAUGAUGUGACCACUAUUAGAGCCAGCACUCCUAUGUUCCUUAUGUCUCGAAAGAUCAAAUCCUUGGGAGUGAAAAUGGUUCUUUCUGGGGAGGGGUCGGAUGAAAUUUUUGGAGGCUACCUGUACUUCCACAAGGCACCUAACAAGGAAGAGCUUCACCAGGAAACAUGUCGAAAGAUUAAAGCUCUUCAUCUUUAUGACUGCCUGAGGGCGAAUAAAUCAACUUCAGCAUGGGGUGUUGAGGCUCGUGUGCCCUUUUUAGAUAAAGAAUUCAUCAACAUUGCGAUGAACAUUGAUCCAGAGUGGAAAAUGGUCAGGCCUGAUCUUGGAAGGAUUGAGAAGUGGGUCUUGCGCAAUGCAUUUGAUGAUGAUCAGAAGCCAUAUCUGCCAAAACACAUAUUAUACAGGCAAAAGGAACAAUUCAGUGAUGGAGUUGGAUACAGGUGGAUUGAUGGUUUGAAGGAUCAUGCAAACGAACAUGUUACAGAUGCUAUGUUGUUGAAUGCUAACUUUGUUUAUCCUGAAAACACUCCAACCACAAAAGAGGGGUACUACUACAGGGCUAUCUUUGAGAAGUUCUUUCCCAAGAAUGCUGCAAGGUCAACUGUUCCAGGAGGUCCAAGUGUAGCAUGCAGUACUGCAAAAGCAGUGGAAUGGGAUGCGGCAUGGUCGAAAAAUCCUGACCCAUCUGGCCGGGCUGCUCUUGGUGUUCAUGAAUGUGCUUAUGAGGAAGCAGUGGACGCGAAGAAUGCCAAUCUGAUAAACGGUACCACUCAGAAACCACAAGAAGGGAUACAAGAGAAGACCACGACAGCCAUUUGAUCGAGAAUUCCAUAGAAUCCUCAUUUGUCAAAUGAUCUCAAACUUAGGGUUUAUUGCUGAUGAGUGAUGAUAAAGGUACUCUACUCUUUAAAGUAAUCUCCAGGUUUAACCUUUGUCUGAAUUAGCAAGCUUUGUUUGAAUUCUAGGUAAAAAAUAAUAAUAAUAAUGUAGCCAUGCAAUUCAUUUUACUAGGGAAGAGCGUUUUAUACAAGAAGAUUUAGUGAGUUGAGUGACAUGCUUGUGCUUAUUCGCUGACAGAUCAUGCGACAAAUGCUUGGCCGAUACAACGGGAGUCCAGAUUUAUGUGUCCAAGUUAAAUGUUGAAGUGUUGUUUAUUAGAUAUUUAAUUACGGAUGAUGGUAUUGUCUUUGGAUUUUAUUCGGUUAGUAGUAAGUAUGAAGUGUUUUUUCCCCUCUCUCAAGCCAUGCGUGUUCUGUUUUUGCCGUAAAACAAUUUAGGGAUUCAUUUCCUGUGCAGUUGGGAAUCCCUGAAACUAGGCUUGUACAUUCGUCGUAAUAUUGUUCUCUUUUUUGUGAAAUAUAAAGAAGAGAGGAGCAGUCCCA